UUAGAAGUCAUUUACGUUUCAAGACAGAAUCAUGGCAUGGCUACUGAACGAUAUCAAGAAACGUUUCAAUGAAGCUGCAGCCUCCAUUGAUGCGUCAAUGAAGGAAGAAGAUACUAAAGCUGCUGAAGAGAAAACUAGUACUGAAACAGCUAAUGAAAAGGAAGAGCAUGAUAGAGGUGAUAAGCUGUCUGUUCAAAUGGAAAAAGUAUCUAUUGAGGAGAUUCAGCAAAAAGGAAAGGCAUUAGCAUCUAAAUUGUUCGUAUAUGCAAAGGAUACAACAGAAAAAGCUACCAAGGGUAUUGCCGCAGUAAAGAAUGCAGUUGUCGAGAAUACACUUAUUGGAGAGUUGGACCGCGAACAGGAGGCAUUUGCUGCAGAAUUGGAAGCUGCUCGCCUUCCUGAUGUUGUUGAACCAUGGGAUGGUUUGCCUAAUCGAGAAUUUGCGAAGAAGAAGAUUUUGGCGCUUUCCUUGGAUCAGCACAACUUUAUUCGCGAAUCGCCCGGAGAGUGUGAGUUUGAUGAUGCCACAAUGCAAGCCAUGGCGAAGAGACUUCUCGAAGUCGAUCCCAAUCUCAGUCGCGUUCGCUUCGAGCUUGUCCCUAAACAAUUGAAUGAAGAGAAAUUCUGGCAUAACUACUUCUACCGUGUAUCCCUCAUAAGGCAGUCUCUGAUGGCAAAUGCAUCAGAAGCUCAAGCUAGAAAGGCAUCGCCCGCACCUGCCGCCGACAAGCCAUCAUCAUCUGAAUCUUCAGUGGCUCAUUCUCUCAAAGAGACACCAUCCGUACCUACUGAGAAACCUACAUCAUCUGUGCCUGCUGAGAAGAAAGCAUCAUCUGAGGAAGAGGAAUCAUCAAAGGACGUGAGCACUGCUGAGCCUACCACGGAUAAACCAGGUAAUGCCGAAGAGGCUCCCGUUGAGCGAACCCAAGGCCAUCAAAUGGAUGAUGAAUGGGAGCGCGAGUUACUCUCCGACCUGAAUGAGUAUGAGUUGGUUGCGUCUAGAAAUGACAAAUCCGAUGAGCAGUGGGAAGCAGAAAUCCAAGAUCUGUUGAAUUCCACGGAUUAGCCAAUCUUUUCAUUGUUUUUGAUGCAAAUUAUGAAUGCCAAUUUUAAUUCCACUUACAUUUUCUCUUUCCAUUUUAGAAAAUUCCGUGUACACACUUCGAUUGUGCUGUGAUAAUUGAAGGGAGGUGAGCUUUUGUAUUGUGAGCUGUUGUACAAUGCUUUAGAAUUCCAUAAACUCUUCA